AUGAAAGUCAUUCUUGCUAUCUUGUUGUUAGUGAGCAUAGCUUCUGCAACAUCAACACAUGAUCAAAUAAUGGCCUUACUUUAAACAGGCACAAAGGCAAUGGAUGCCAUCGAUACAGUGUUUGGUUUAUUAAACGAUCUUAUACAAUCAAAUAAGGAUGCUUAAUUUGCAGCAGAUUAGAAGAAUGAAACAGAUGAAUGGAUUGGAGCUCAAACAAUUGAAUAAUUCACAAAAAUCAAAUCACUCAAUUAAAAGCUAUUCUAAUAAUCAAUUGAAAAUAGAGUGCAAUUUGAAUAAGAAUUAUUAGACACUAAGAAUUAUCUUGCUUGGAAUGAAUAAAGAUAAGAUGAGAUCACAAGAAAGAUUGGUGUUCUUCUUGAUGAAUAAUGUCUUAGUAACUAAUUGUUUGUGAGAUCAAUUAAGCAAAACAGAGAAGCUCUUGAAGUUGUUAGAGUACUUAAGCAAGAUGUUGCCGGUUACAUCAUAAAUGGUGAUUCAUUUGAAUUAGUUCAAGAGAAAGCCUCAAGUGUUGCUGAAAAACUCAAGGCUUACAGCAAUCUCUUCAAUGAACACGAAGUUAAAUCAUUCUUGAACUUGGCUUAAACCUCGUAAGAAGAAGGAGUCAGCAGAGGAGCUACAUUGGCUGAAAGAGUCCUUGGAGUUCUUGAAUCACUUGAAGCCAAUCUCUAAGCUUCUCUUGAAGCUCUUGAAGUUAAUGAAAUCAAUGCCUCAUGGGAAUUGGCUGGAUGGGUUUCAUUGAGUGAAGCUGAAGUUACAAAUUUGAAGGUCGAAUAUGAAAGAAAGCAAGUUUAUGCUGACAGAUUAGCCACUUAAAUCCAAGCUGCCUUAGCUUAAUAAGCGAAAUCAAAGAUCAUUUUACAAGAAUCCCAAGAUGCCCUUGAUUAAGCCUAAGCAGACUUAGAAACCAAGAGAGCUGAUUAUGCUGAUGCUAAAACAAAGAGAGAUGAAGAAAAUGCAAUCUUGGAUUAGGUUAUCAUCAUUUUCAAGAAGUAAGUUGCCUCAUGGUCAGGAAGGUGAUGAAUAUAACUAAUAAAGUUAUUACAAAAACAGCAUUUGGUUUAAA